AUGUUUAGGAGAUCCGGAUCGGCAGCUAAAACGCUUCAGUUCCUGGAGCAAGCAAAUGAUGAGUCUAAGGAAACACCACAAUCUACAUAUUGGCCAGCUACUCGAAUUGUUCAACAAACAGCUACUGCAGACCGUAAAGACUUCAGUGUUGAAAGAGUUGAAAUUCCGAAGAACGGAGCUUCAAAAACUUGUCAUGUUUGUAAUAAGACUUUUAAAAAAACCUACAAUUUAAAACGUCACUUGCAUUUGCAUACGAAUUAUCGACCCUAUAAAUGUCAUCAUGAGUUUUGUUCAUACUCAUUUAUUCAAAAAUCUGAUUUACAAAGACAUUUAACUACACAUAGUGACAUAAGAAACUUUAUAUGUAACAUAGCAAAUUGUAGAAAACGCUUUCGAACAAAGAGAAAUUUAUAUUGCCAUAGAGCGUUACAUUCUACUCCGGAUUAUAACAAAUGUGAAAAAUGUGGCAAAAAAUUUCAUUUACGUAAUAGCCUUUUGGUGCAUAAAAAGAGAGCUCAUGGAAGUAAUGGAAAUGCUAAAUAUCAUUGUGAUAUGUGUCCUAAGUUCUUUUGUAGCAAAGGUAUAUUACUAGAUCAUAUCGAUGAACAUUUGAGAACUCCACCUAAACUAAAGCAAGGUCUUCAAUUCUCAGCUGUCAAUAAAACGGAUGAUUCAACAGUUCAAUAUAUUGUUUGUUAUGAAGAAAAUGAUGGAAAUAGUCCAAACUUUUCUAAUGAUCAUGAUAAUAUUUAUACAACCAAAAACUCUGAAAUAAGCGACAGUGACGAUGAUUUGGAUCGAAAAUUUCUGUAUUCAUUCCUUCCUCAUUUAAAGAAACUUUGUAAAAGCAGGAAAGAGUUCUUUAAAAAAUCUGCUUGUCUCAUUGUUGAAAAAGUUCUAACAAUGAAAUUUUAAAAUAAAUUAAUAUUGAUUAAUUUUUCAAUGUUUUCAUAUUAUCUAAAAUAGCUUACCAAUAUAAUUUUGACUGUAUUCUGAGAUAAUCAUUUGUUAAUAAAACGAAUAUUUAGAACAUAGAUUCACUAAUAUUAA